UCUUCAAUUGACCCUUGAUAUUCUAGGAAGUACAUAUAUGUUGUAUUCCGAGAUUAUUAUUUUGGUUAUCCCCAUUAAAGCUAAUUAUAAGAGCUAAAUAUAUAGAAAUUAUAAUUUCAAGGUCGGAAGAACAUCAACUCAUUUGAAUUGAUUACAUCACUAGCAUAUUAUUCCAAUGGAUUCUGAUUUGUUUCCAUGUCUCAUUUUCUGGUUUUUGUGUCCUUAUAUACCGUCCUCUGUUUCAAAAUUAUGUGGCAGUCGUGGCGGGAUAGUAUGCUGUAGUGGAUAUCAAUGGAAUGAAGCGCAGAGAAAUUGCACACGUUGCAUGGAUGGAUUCUACGGUACGAACUGUAAUAUUCCUUGUCCAUACCCAAUGUUUGGCUGGCGUUGUCAUUUAGAAUGCAUGUGUGGCAGUGAAGACUGUCAUCACGUGUACGGGUGCAGGAGAAAUACUUCAGAAUGUGCUGUUGGAAAGUAUGGCGAAUACUGUGAGCUAUCUUGUCGUUACCCAAACUAUGGGAAUGGAUGUCAGUUGUUCUGCCAUUGUAAUGAAGCAUCUUGUGAUCCGUCCAGUGGAUGUACAGACAGUUCUUCUACAGUCUACAGCAUUGAACCGUCAACUUCUCGUGUGUCUACCCCAAGGACACAUUUUGAAUCAAGCACACAUUAUGACGAAGCUGCACCGAAGUCUACCAACAUCCUCCAGAUGGAUAAGAUGAGUGAUGCAGAUAAGGGACGCGUAUAUGAAAGUAAUUCUACAUAUUUAGUUGCUGGUAUUAUCAGUCUUCUGAUCGUUGCGGGGAUAUUGAUGAUCCUGUGUACAUUGACGUAUUUACAUGAAGGCACGUGUAGAUUUCAGAGAGAUACAGACUGAAAAGGCACACUUCUAAAUGAUAAAACUCAUGACUCCCAUGUUCGAUGAAAAUAAUUAUCUAAGGUGCUUUGUCAUGGCCAAAUAUGACAGCAUGAACUAUUUUUUCUGUACAUUUGUAUAAAAUUGUUUGCGAUGUGGUAAACUAUUCAGUAUUUGUUUUAGAUGCCAUAUUUAUAUGGAUUACACUCACAUGCAUAUUCGUAUGUAUUACAUUGACUGCGGAUAACUGCGUUUACUUGAUCAGGAUAUAUGGUUCAUGGCGGAUGUGACCGGUCAAGAGGGGAUGCUUAUUCCUCCUAGGUACCUGAUCCCACCUCUGGUGUAUCCAGGGGUCCGUGUUUGCCCAACUAUCUAUUUUGUAUUGCUUAUAGGAGUUAUGAGAUUGAUCACUGCUCGUUAUCUUCACCUUGCAUUGAAGAUUGUAAAUAUAAAGGCAAUUGUGUGCUCCAUAAGAAUUACUACCAUUACUUGUUAGAAUUAUUAUCAUUACUUGAUAGCUGGCAAUCAUCAUUGUAAUGAUGGAUAUCGAAUUCAGUGCGUACUAUAUUUAAAAAGGAAUCCAAAUUCAACACAAUACAUUUAUUGUAUGAUAGUGAGGGAAAUAUAACGAUAUAUUCACCCAACAAAAAAACACAAUACCUGAUAGGAUAAUGAUUUUUUUUUUGGUGAAUAUAUCUUCACAAAUCGCGAACAGUCAUGGAAGGCGGAGAUAGCGAGCAGUGAUCAAUCUCAUAACUCCUCAAAGCAGUACAAAAUAGAGAAUGGGCAAAAACACGGGCCCCCUGAAUAUACCAGAGGGAAUAUAUCCUUUCAACUCGGUAUCAUAUUUCGUGUUACCUACAUUUGAUGAUUAUCAUACUCAUUGCUCACUUUAAAAAAUAUGCCUUUCUGAGUGUCAUUGGGAUAUGAAAUGCAGUUCCUCAUGUGAAUAAACAGUAGAUUUCAUCAAGUACAAACUUCAUGUUCUGUCCCAAUGAAACUCAAAGAAUCAUAUCUUAUUUUUCAUCUUUAUAUCUAUUUAAAUUUUAUUUUGUGUCCUUGUCGAACUUUCAUACUUAUUUAGCAGGUUACACUGUAUCAAAUAAAAGAUCGAACCGCA